AUGCUUGCGUCAUCAAGGGACUUUUCGUCCGAGUCUGAGGACGCAGAUGAGCUGGUCGCUGAUUUGCUACAACGAUUCUCCUCGGUUGGCGAUUCAGCAAUUGGUUCUGUGCGAAAAUUCGUCACCCGAUCCGCUACUUCGGCCUCCGUUAUACCUUCAAUAUCAGCAAAUUCGGAAACACCCGGCGUACAAGCUGCCUCUAAGACGAAGAAGCCUCGGACCUUCGCUGUUGAAGUUCCUCCAUUACCGUCAAAUGCGGAAGGCUAUAAGUUCUUACCCGGUCAUUUUACAGCUUGGCGGAUUUGGGGACAUAAGCGCGUCGGUGGUAACGUGCUUUAUGAGGUGGAGCUUGCGACAUCGGAGAAGGAAUGGUUGAAAGAGGCUUUCGUGAAGACAUUAGAAAAUGGUCCCGAAGCCAUCGCGAACUUCAAGCAGAACGGCCCACCAAAAGUGAAAAGAGCCAAGGACUCCAUCGACGAUUGUGUAUCAGGGAGUUAUGCAAAAUAUGGCUCAGAAGAAUUUCAGCCAUCUGAAGGAGGGCGUGAGGAAGAAGAAGAAGAAGAAGACGAAGACGAAAUUGUGGUAGUCAGCUCAGUAAAGCGCCGACGCGGCCGGCCGCCAGGUUCGAGACGUCACAAACCCCGUAAUAAGUACGGCGAUGUCACAGACGAGGAAGACUCAGACAGCCGGCCAGUACGGCGAUCGCUCAGAGCCUCCAGGCCUAGAAUAUCUCGGUCUGUAUUCUAUUCAAAUGACGAGAUGUCAAGUGAUGAUGUCCUCGGGACUUCGACAUCCACAGCGCUACUGAAAAGGCGACGCUCAGGUAGACAAGCUGCCCAGCGCACAACCAAACGCAUACGGGAACAUCAAUACGAAGAUAAUGAUUCGCAAUCACGCAAGCGCGGUGUGCGAUUCUCAACAAGGACCGCUCAAGCUCAUAGAAACAAUUUCAGAGAGAGGCUAGAGGAUGACAUCUCGGAAGUGGAAGAAGCUUCACAGUCUGACAAGAGAUUUGCAGGAGCCAAGGAGAAAUUUCAUCGACUUUCUAGUGAUGACCCCUUCAGACAACGUCAUCGACAAGUAUGUGAUAGCUGCGAUAUUCAUGGAGAUGAUCGCGAGAAAGGUCCGCUUGUGUUUUGUCAGGGUUGCACGAACGCAUAUCAUAAAGCUUGUUUAGGUCCGCGAAGUCAACGAGAGCACUUGGUCACAAAGGUCGGCUGGGAUCACUUCGUACUGCAGUGUCGUCGCUGUGUGGGAACCGCUCAAAAGAAGGAUGCAACUGCUCCACAUCUAGGCCAUUGCACCGCUUGCAAUAAAGAAAACCCAGCAUGUCGGCCGUUUCGACAGCGACUCAACCCCAAGCAAGAACAACAACAGCGUGAAAGUAACGGUGGGGAGGACCCAAUCACAACAGUGAACGAUGAUCUGAUCAACAAUGUCGAUAACAUCAUGUUCCGGUGUGUCAACUGUCAGAGAGCGUAUCAUAUUAAGGAACUACCCCCAAGAUCCGACCCGAAUCCGGAGGAUACAGACACGGACAGCCCAGAGCCAGAUACUGACCCGGCAACUAUACGGCUCAAAGAAUACUCCAGAAAAUGGCAAUGCCAUACUUGCAUUUCAGCUCAUGGAGAGAUUGAAGGUCUUGUUGGCUGGCGACCGGUCGAUGCCGAUGCAUACAUUCCUGGAUACACGGCAAAGGACAUGAAAGAGACUGAGAAAGAAUAUUUAGUCAAGUGGAAGAAGAAGUCGUACAAUCGCACUACGUGGAUGGAAGGUUCCUGGAUUUGGGGAGUCGCUUCACACCAUAUGCGAAAAGCGUUCCUCAAGUCGCCCAAAGGCCUGAAACCUCAAAUGACGACUGAGGAUGCCAUCCCAGAAGAUUAUUUAAGGAUUGAUAUUGUAUUCGACGUCAAGUACACGAACAUUGCUAGCGCACAUUCAAAGGAAAUCGAUCUUGCGAGGGUGAGGGAUGUCAAGGAAGCCUAUGUCAAGUACAAAGGUUUACUUUAUGAGGAUGCCGUUUGGGAAACCGUUCCUUCGUCAACCGAAACAGAACGUUGGAAUGACUUCAAAGCUGCGUAUGACGAUUGGGUCUUGAAAGACUAUGUCAAGGUGCCCAAAGGUUCUUCUCUAAAAAAACACCUUGAAAUUGUUCGAGGACAAGACUUCAAAACGUUGGUGAAAAAGGCUCAGCCUAGUUGUUUGACUGGAGGCAAAAUCAUGGAUUACCAAUUAGAUGGUCUCAACUGGCUAUACUACAAGUGGUAUCAAGGACAAAAUGCUAUCCUCGCCGAUGAAAUGGGACUGGGCAAAACAAUUCAGAUCAUUUCUUUUCUCUCGACAUUGAUUGAAGAUCAUAAGUGCUGGCCUUUCUUGAUUGUCGUACCGAACUCGACUUGUCCAAAUUGGCGUCGAGAGGUCAAGAAGUGGGCACCUUCGCUUCGCGUCGUCACAUACUACGGCAGCGCUGUAGCGCGGAAACUUGCACAUGACUACGAGAUGUUUCCCAAGAAUGCUCGGGAUCUCAGGGCCCACGUACUAGUGACAUCUUAUGAAACCAUGGUUGACGACAAAGCUCGAAGGGUUUUAGCAGGUAUUCCUUGGGCUGGCCUGGUGGUGGACGAAGGUCAGCGAUUGAAAAACGACAGAAACCUUUUGUAUUCGUCUCUGUCUAGUAUCAACAUCCCAUUCAAGGUACUAUUGACGGGCACGCCGCUGCAGAACAACAUCCGCGAGCUUUUUAAUCUCAUUCAAUUCUGCGAUCCGACCCAAAACGCUCAAGACCUAGCCGCAGAAUAUGAGACUUUGACCAAAGAAAAUGUUCCCGAACUGCAUGCAAAGAUUCGUCCUUUUUUCCUACGCCGUACAAAGGCACAAGUUCUUACAUUCCUUCCACCGAUGGCACAAAUCAUUAUCCCUGUUACAAUGUCUGUUGUGCAGAAGAAGCUUUACAAGUCGAUUUUGGCAAAGAAUAGCAAGUUGAUCAAGUCAAUCUUUCAAAGCAAUCAAGACGCACAGAACAAGCAGAAUGAACGUCACAGCUUGAGCAACAUUUUGAUGCAGUUGCGCAAAUGCCUGUGUCACCCCUUUGUAUACAGCAGACAGAUUGAAGAGCGUAUUUCGAAUCCCACCUUGUCACAUAGGAAUCUUGUGGAAGCUUCAGGCAAACUUCAGCUGCUUGAGCUAUUGCUGCCAAGACUCAAAGAACGAGGCCACCGAGUUCUUCUCUUCAGUCAAUUUCUAGAUAAUCUAGAUAUUGUUGAAGAUUUCCUGGACGGUCUUGGACUGCUCUAUUGCCGUCUCGAUGGUUCCAUGGGCGCUCACGAAAAACAGAAGCAGAUUGAUGCCUACAAUGCACCCGAUUCUAAGUACUUCGCUUUCCUUUUAUCGACGAGAUCUGGUGGUGUGGGUAUCAAUCUUGCAACAGCAGAUACCGUCAUUAUUAUGGAUCCUGAUUUCAAUCCGCAUCAGGAUAUUCAAGCAUUAUCUCGCGCUCAUCGUAUCGGCCAGCAAAAGAAAGUCCUCGUCUUCCAGCUCAUGACUCGUGAGAGCGCCGAGGAAAAGAUUAUGCAGAUAGGUAAAAAGAAGAUGGCCCUUGAUCAUGUUCUCAUUGAGAAAAUGGAUGCAGAUGAAGACGAAGGACUGGACUUGGAAUCCAUUCUCAGGCACGGUGCCGAGGCGCUUUUUGAAGAUGAUACCACAGGAGACGUUCAUUAUGAUGCGGAGUCCGUCGAAAAACUGCUUGACCGUAGCCAAGCUGAGAAUACUCAGGUUGGAAAUGACGCAUCCGCAGAGUCUCAAUUCAGUUUUGCUCGAGUGUGGGCGAAUGAUAACGCGGCACUUGAGGAUCGAUUGGGUGAUUCUGAGGCCGCUACCCCGGUUAAUACCAAUUUGUGGGAAAAGAUUCUUGCCGAACGACAAAAGGCAGUGGAUGAGGAAGCUUUGGCAGAUGCACAAGCACUUGGAAGAGGAAAACGGAAGAGAGCUGUGGUGAACUACUCUGCUAAAGAUAGGGAAGAUGAGCAACUAUCUCCUGGAGGCACAAAACGAGCCAAGGUGCAGCCUGAGAGCGACACUGAGUUCCACGCCAAGGGAGAUUCAUCUGAGAGUGAUGAUGAUGAGCACGCCUUGCUUGAACUUGAGCAAACCAAGACGGUCAAAGCUCGCCCAUUUAGACGUGUCAAUCCCAACAAACUCACGCCGGACCCUCAAAAUGGCAAUGCAGGUCUUCCCAAUAGACCUGUAGAUCGAUUGCUUCCUUGCCUUGCCUGCAAUCAGAUGCAUCCUGUCGGCUACUGUCCAUUGAAGCUCGCCGGUGUUGAACACUGCGGUCUUUGUGGUAUAGCUCAUCUUGGCUAUUCGCGAGUCUGUCCUCAUCUCAAUUCGGAAGAGCAAAUAUUAUCCAUGCUACAAUCUCUGAGGCAGAGCACUGAGCCUAAAUGGCUUGUGGAUUCUGCCAGGCACUAUCUUUAUAACGUCAAGGGAGAUCUCGCCAAAAGGAAGAGAGCAAAGGCUGACCCGAAUCGACCCACCUCCGCUGCACGUCCUAUGCAUUCUCAACUUGACGCCAGCCAUUCCAUUUUCCAGAACGGUAGAGGUUCUGGUGCUCCUGCUUCCCAUCUCGGGUAUCCUCCACGUUUAGCCAGUAAUACCCUUUCGAAUCCUUAUCUCCAGAACUAUUCUAUCCCCUCGUCCAGUUCUAAUAUACCUCUAAAUGCGCCUUCGCAACCUGGGCCCUCAUCAUACUCUCUGCUUCCGUCCAAUGGCUUCAGACAGCCCCCGGCCUCUACCUCCGCCGUAGAGCGUCAUCGGAACUGA